AUGACCAAGUCGACCACCGCCACCCGCGACAUCUACUACCGCAAGGCCAAAGAGGUGGGCUUCCGCGCGCGCUCUGCGUUCAAACUCCUGCAGCUCAACGAGCAGUUUGACUUUCUGCACAACGUCCAGCGCGCAGUGGACCUGUGUGCCGCCCCGGGGAGUUGGAGCCAAGUGCUGAGUCGGACGCUGUACCCCGACGGCCUCAAUGGACCGCAGAGCAGCGACGUGAGCAUUGUGUCGGUGGAUCUGCAGGAGAUGGCGCCCAUUGCGGGCGUCCAGCUGCUCCAAGGCGACAUCACGUCCAAGCACACGGCCGAGCAGAUCAUCGGCCGCUUCUGUGGCGCGAAAGCUCAAGUGGUGGUGAGUGACGGCGCACCGGACGUCACGGGGGUGCACGACAUGGACGAGUUUGUUCAGGCCGAGCUGCUCGCUGCAGCGCUCAACAUCACGACCCACGUUUUGGAAGAAGGAGGCGCUUUUGUCGCCAAGAUCUUUCGCUGCGAGCAGUACGACUUGCUGGCAACGCAGCUCAGUGUGUUCUUUGCCAGUGUGUCGUGCUCCAAGCCCAUGAGCAGCCGGGCCCAGAGCAACGAGGCGUUUGUCGUGUGUCAAGGGUUUCGACUGCCCGAGGGCUAUACGCCUGUGAUGACGUCGUCGCUGUUGCCGCGGUAUGGACUGGCAGACGACGAGCAGCACGACUCGAAGUCGGUGCCGUUUCUUGCGAGCGGCGACUUGUCAGGAUACGACGCUGUCCAGCACUUCUACUGA